AAGCUUCAGUCCCUUCCUACAGUAGCACCACCUGGAGUAGAUCCAGCUCGCGGAGAUAGGACACGUGUUAAAACCAGUGGAGCCACCUGAGGGGAGCAGGGUCCCGCCCGAGCUUGAGGGCGGUCCAAGCAGCCAGCACCCUCGCGCCGCCCAUGCGCCACGCCCUCUGGCCCUCCCUGGCUCCAUAUUGCAGGAAAGCGGGCUAGGGUGUGACGCUGCUUUCUUGUUCAGACACACGAGAAGACAGCAUCUGAUCUCGCAGUUGCUGGGAUUUGAACUCGGGACCUCCGAAAGAGCAGUCUGUGCUCUUAAUCACUGGACCAUCUCUCCAGCCCUGCCAGCAAAUGUCCUACCCAGGCUACCCCCCCACGGGCUACCCGCCUUUCCCUGGAUAUCCUCCUGCAGGUCAGGAGUCAUCGUUCCCCACUGCGGGUCAGUAUCCGUACCCUAGUGGCUUUCCACCAAUGGGAGGAGGUGCUUACCCACCAGCACCAAGUGGUGGCUACCCAGGAGCUGGAGGCUACCCGGGAGCUGGAGGCUACCCCACACCUGGAGGUUAUCCAGCCCCGGGGGGCUAUCCUGGAACCCUAAAUCCAGGGGAUCCUCCACCCUAUCCUGGAAGCCAAGGUUUUGGGGCCCCACACGGUGGAGCAGGCUUUUCUGGUUAUCCACAGCCACCUGCACAGUCUUAUGGUGGUGGACCAGCCCAGGUUCCAGUACCAGGUGGUUUUCCUGGAGGACAGAUGCCAUCUCAGUACCCUGGAGGACAAGCUCCCUACCCUAGCCAGAUCAAUACAGAGUCCUUUUCUUCCUAUCCUGCUUUCUCCUCUGUUUCUUUGGAUUAUAGCAGUGAUCCUGCUGCGAUGACUCAGGGCACCCAAGGAACAAUCCGCCCAGCCUCCAACUUCGAUGCUAUGAGAGAUGCAGAAAUUCUCCGCAAAGCAAUGAAAGGAUUUGGGACAGACGAGCAAGCAAUUGUGGAUGUUGUGUCUAACCGUUCCAAUGACCAGAGGCAACAAAUUAAAGCAGCUUUUAAGACCAUGUAUGGCAAGGAUUUAAUUAAAGAUCUCAAGUCUGAGUUGAGUGGGAAUAUGGAAGAAUUAAUCCUUGCCCUAUUCAUGCCUUCUACGUACUAUGAUGCCUGGAGUUUACGGAAGGCAAUGCAGGGAGCAGGAACUCAGGAGCGUGUAUUGAUAGAGAUUUUGUGCACAAGAACAAAUCAAGAAAUUCGAGACAUUGUUAGAUGUUAUCAAUUAGAAUUCGGACGAGACCUUGAGAAGGACAUUAGGUCAGAUACCUCGGGACAUUUUGAACGUCUUCUCGUGUCCAUGUGCCAGGGAAACCGUGACGAGAGCCAGAGUGUAAACCACCAGAUGGCUCAGGAAGACGCCCAGCGCCUCUAUCAGGCUGGGGAGGGGAGGCUAGGGACAGAUGAGUCCUGUUUCAACAUGAUCCUCGCCACGAGAAGCUUCCCUCAGCUGAAAGCCACCAUGGAGGCUUACUCCAGGAUGGCUAAUCGAGAUUUGCUAAGCAGUGUAAGCCGAGAAUUUUCUGGAUACGUUGAAAGUGGUUUGAAGACCAUCUUGCAGUGUGCCCUCAACCGCCCUGCCUUCUUUGCUGAGCGACUCUACUAUUCCAUGAAAGGCGCUGGCACAGAUGACUCCACCCUGGUCAGGAUUGUGGUCACUCGAAGUGAGAUUGACCUUGUUCAGAUAAAGCAGAUGUUUACCCAGAUGUAUCAGAAGACCCUAAGCACAAUGAUUGCAAGCGACACGAGUGGAGAUUACAGGAAACUGCUCCUGGCCAUUGUUGGCCAGUGAGAGGGGUUCUUUUUCCCUUUAAGGAAUGAAGCUCUUCAGGGCCUAGCCUUCCCAGCAAUGAGACCUGCAUGCAGCCAUGUCAGACACCACCUGACCAGAGUAGUUUUUUUACUGCGAACUGUCAGGGGGUGUGCUGGGUUUGCACAUGUUGUUACUGCCUUAAUUCUAAUGUUAGGUUUUUUUUUUUUUUCUUUCUGUAUCCAACCAGUGUAAAAGCCAUAUCAAUGACGUAGUAAUGUAAUAUUUGUAAAGCUUCACUCUCGCUGCUUUUAUUUUAAUCUGGAUUUCAAAUUGAAUAAAAGUCACAGCAAUCUCCAA